AAACAUACUGCUUUUGCUACCUUUCCCAGUGAAAAUGCAGCUGUGAAGGCUUUAUCAAGAUUGCAUCAGCUGAAACUUCUAGGUCACACCUUAGUUGUUGAAUUUGCCAAGGAGCAAGAGAGUGUGCAGGUACUUAGCCAGCCUUCUGUCUCAGAGAAGUGUAAAAGUUCAGAAGAACCGGUGAAAGAAGAAGAGAAGACAGAACCAAGCUGUGUUAAAAUAGAGAAUGGAAUUGCACCCAACCAUGGCCUCACCUUUCCCAUCAAUUCUUGCCUCAAAUAUUUGUAUCCACCACCUUCAAGUGCAAUUCUAGCAAAUAUAGCAAAUGCCUUGGCAAGUGUGCCCAAAUUUUAUGUCCAGGUACUUCAUCUUAUGAAUAAAAUGAAUCUUCCUCCACCUUUUGGACCAAUUACUGCUCGCCCUCCCAUGUAUGAAGAGUAUUUGCCAGUGCCUGUGCCACCUCCCCCAAUCCCACCUCUGCCUCCUGAGGAGCCUCCUUUGCCUGAAGAGGAAGAAGGACAAGGGUCUAGUGGAGAUGAAUCAGAAUAUGAGAGUGAUAAUGAUGAGGAAAAGGAGAGAAUGACCAAGUUGAUGGAAUUAGCAACCCUUCAGCCUAAAAGACCAAUAAACACAAAGAGACGUGGUGUUAGAAAAAAGCAGAGAAUUAAAGAUUUAUUGAAUGUUCCUGUGUGUACUCCCCACAGUAAUUUGCACCCUACACUGUUACCUUCAGAUGUGUUUGAACAGCCCCAGCAUGUAGGUCAUAAAAAAAUAGAGUUUCACAUUAGUACUGACAUCCCAGCUGUGCUUCAGAUACACUCAGAAAAGGAAGAAAAAAAUGACCUUUAUGCAACCACAGAAGAAAUCAAUAAUACAGGCUUUGGAAGGAUUUUCCCAGCUCCUAGCUCAAAUGAUAAAAUGGAAACUGAAGAGGAGGAUGAUGAAAUACCAUCAGAAUUCAUUUCUAGAAAGGAUCUGGAGAAAAACAGACUCUCUAAAGAAGAGAUGGAAAAAUUUUCUGUUUUCAAAAACUAUGAGCCAGGUGAUCCAAAUUGCAGGAUAUAUGUGAAGAAUUUAGCUAAACAAGUUCAAGAAAAGGAUCUCAAGUUCAUUUUUGGAAGAUAUGUUGACUUCCAAUCAGAAGUGGAACGAAAUAUGUUUGAUAUCCGUUUGAUGAAGGAAGGCCGUAUGAAGGGACAGGCUUUCAUUGGACUUCCUAAUGAAAAAGCAGCUGCCAAAGCAUUAAAAGAAGCAAAUGGAUAUGUCUUAUUUGAAAAACCCAUGGUGGUUCAAUUUGCUCGUUCAGCUAGACCAAAACAGGAUGCCAAUGAAGGGAAAAGAAAAAAGUAGAACACUGCACAAGG